GUUUUGAUUCUAAUAGUGUUUGUUUACGUUUACUUUGUUUUCAUACAUUUGGAGUAAAACAAGCUUAUAUUUUGUGUUCUGAGUGGAUAUGACUGUUGAACUAAAGCUCAUGAGGCAUUAAUAUGUUAUAUUCCUCAAGAAUCAAUGGGUACAUAUAAUUAAUUUAUAAAUCAGAAAAUGGAUGUAGCAACUGCAGAUUGCCCCUUUAAUGAUGGAGAGGAAGAGACAUUGCCAGAGACAUUUCAUGAAAGUUUCUUUUUUCUUGUUAAAAAGAUUUGACAUAACUUGUUGGCUGAUGGUUUUCAUUUGCUUGUGUGGUGUGCCUUUGCUGUUUUUUUCCCCCAGUGUUAUAUUAUUUUCAUCUCUAAAACCAUACGAUGCUAAAUUAUUUGUUUAGCAGCCUGACUGCUAAUUUAAAUAGAAAUUCAUUCAAUCAUUCCUGGUCCUUUUAUAGAACAAAAUAGCAUUCAUUUUAUACUGAAGCAAAUUAAAAUCUCUCGGUGGUGGAAAAAUACUAUUGAAAGGAAUAUUGAAUAUUGUAUGAAUGUUUCACCAAUUUGACAAUGUUAUAGGCAAUGUGAGUGUUGUCCAUGACCAUGCAGAUAUAUAACAUUAUUUUCAAACACGAGAUAUUUCUCAUUCUGAUAUGUUGUAGGUGAGCUUCUCUGGAAUUAUCACAUAAUUGAUUACAAAAAAUAUGCUCACUACUAAAAAUAUGCUUCCUCUAAUAAUAGGUUAUCUGAAACGAAGGUAUUCAUCUUUGAUUCUUCACACAAACAGACUGGUUGUAGAUUGAAAUUCCAAUGUUAAACUACGCUUCAGAUUACUGUUCUGAGAAAUUCUAUCUCGAUUGAGGUGCUGAGUUAAGAACUUCCUUUCGGCUUGCCGUACCUUGGAAUGACACGCCCCUUUUUACUUUGCGGAAGUUUGUGUUUUGCUGCCAAGUUAUUUAAAGCGAGUUUGGACUGGUUCUUCAAAUAACAGAACCUGAUUAUUCCUACGCUACACGUGAUUAAUCAACAGAUGGUAAACCAUGGAUCUCAGUCCGGAAGCAAUACAGAAGAUACUGUCAAGGUACAAGUUUCGUGAUGUUGCUAUUGAGGAGCUGAAGAAAGUUCACCAGAUUCAUCCCGCGAUGAAACCAGUAACUGGCACAUACACUUUCAGUGAUGGCACCCAGAAAGAUCUGCUGAAGUUGAUUGGCAACAUACCUGUGAAAUAUGAAGGCCGUUCAUACAACCUGCCCAUCCUGCUGUGGCUGAUGGACUCUUUCCCCUUCACCCCUCCUAUCUGCUUGCUGAGGCCCACCACCAACAUGGUCAUCAGGGAGGGGAAGCACGUGGACGCCAGAGGACGCAUCUACCUCCCCAGCCUCCACAACUGGGACCAUCCCAAGUCGUCUGUAGUAGGUCUCCUGGCUGAGAUGAUCUCCCAGUUUGAGGAGGAGCCUCCGCUGGGCACCAAGUCCACCGGAGACAACAGAGACCCCAAUGAGCUGCUGGCCUUCGUUUCCAACCUGAAGAUCAAUGAAGGUGGAGUACAGCAUCACGAUCAUUCAAUCAACAAAGUCACAGUCAUUGGGGGCGGAGACUUGGGAAUGGCAUCAGUGAUGAGCAUUUUGGCAAAAGGUAAAGUGGAUAGACUAGUCUUCAUUGACGUAGCUGAGAGCUCCACCAAAGGUGGUAGCAUGGAUCUAGAGAUUUUCAACUUGCCAAAGGUGGAGGUAUCUAAAGACCUGUCGGCGUCUGCAGACUCCAGUGUGAUCGUGGUGACAGCGAACGCGUGGAGCAACGAGCAGUCGUACGUGAGCGUGGUCCAGACCAACGUGGACAUGUACCGGGGCAUUAUCCCGGGCCUGGUCCGCCUUAGCCCCAACGCUGUGCUGCUCAUAGCCUCACAGCCAGUGGACAUCAUGACCCAUGUGGCAUGGAGACAGAGCGGCCUGCCACCAUCCAGGGUGAUCGGGGCGGGGUGUAACCUGGACUCUGAACGUCUCUGUCACGUCCUGGACAUCAGUAUCAACACACACAAACAGGCCUGGGUCAUAGGAGAACUCUCAGACAACAAGGUCCCUGUGUUGAGUAAGAUUUUGAUGGCUGGGGCUAACCACCAACAUCCAGAGAUCGCACCCGGAUCCAAAGCUACCAAACCUCUGUUAGACAGGGCGUUUGAGAUGCUGAAGGGCCGUGGCCAACGCUCCUGGUCCGUGGGUCUGUCCAUCGCCGACAUCAGCCACAGUAUCCUGGUGGACCAGAGGAAGAUUCACUCUGUCUCCACACUGGCACAGGGCUGGGGCGGUAUCGGUGCAGAGGUGUUCCUCAGCCUACCCUGUGUCCUGGGGGUGUCGGGUUCGACCCGUCUAGCGGGUGUGUCCCUGGGACAGGAAGAGGACGCCAAACUGAGAGAGAGCGUCACUUCACUCUGUGCCCUCCUCACACAGCUCAGGAUAUGAUGCCCUGCCCCGGGCAGCACACACAGCCAACCAAUCUGACUGACGAGGCCAUCAACACUCAGCAUGGAUGAGCAUUCUUCAGUCCUGGGCCCGCUUUCUCAAAAGCAUCUUAAGGCUAGGUUCAUCUUAGAACAACAGGAUCCUAUGGUUCUAAGGAUGAACUUAGCCUUAAGAUGCUUUUGGUUAACCAGGUCUUGGACCUGGAAGGCGGUAGGGUGGGCAGGUUUUUGCCCCAGCCCUGUACUAAUUCAUCGGAUUCAGCUACUCUACUAACAGUCAAGCUUUUGUUUAGUGGUAUCUGUUGUGUUAGUGCUGGGUUGGAACGAAAGCCUGCACAAACUGGCAUAGAUGACGAGACAGGGUAAAGUUCAAGUGAUGAAAGAAGAGAGAAAUGCUCUGACAAAUUUUACUUAACAUAGUUUUCAAAAAUAAAAUGUAAUAUGGUUGAAUGGUGAA